CCCCGGCUCCCCCACCACCCCGCUCCAGCCCCUGCCAUGGCGAAGCAGUACGAUGUGCUGUUCCGGCUGCUGCUGAUCGGGGACUCCGGGGUGGGCAAGACCUGCCUGCUGUGCCGCUUCACCGACAACGAAUUCCACUCCUCGCACAUCUCCACCAUCGGUGUUGACUUUAAGAUGAAGACCAUAGAGGUAGAUGGCAUAAAAGUGCGGAUACAGAUUUGGGACACAGCCGGACAGGAGAGAUACCAGACCAUCACAAAGCAGUACUAUCGCCGGGCCCAGGGAAUAUUUUUAGUCUAUGAUAUUAGCAGUGAGCGCUCUUACCAGCACAUCAUGAAGUGGGUCAGUGAUGUGGAUGAGUACGCACCAGAAGGCGUCCAGAAGAUCCUCAUUGGGAACAAGGCUGACGAAGAGCAGAAGCGGCAGGUGGGAAGAGAGCAGGGGCGCCAGCUAGCUAAGGAGUACGGCAUGGACUUCUAUGAAACAAGUGCCUGCACCAACCUCAACAUCAAAGAGUCUUUCACGCGUCUGACGGAGCUGGUACUGCAGGCCCACAGGAAGGAGUUGGAUGGUCUCCGGACACGUGCCAGCAAUGAGUUAGCACUGGCAGAGCUGGAGGAGGAGGAGGGCAAACCGGAGGGCCCAGCAAGCUCCUCGAAGACCUGCUGGUGCUGAGGGUCCUACGUGGGGAAGCCCCACACGUCCCCCUUCCCUCAGGAGGCCUGUGGCAACAGGGGAGCCUGGGCUUUGCCCACUACUGUCCUCUUGCUUGGUGACCGUGUUGAAAAUCAGUAGCUGCUCCUCCCCGCUCCUGGCCCUGGGAGCAGCCUCGCUGUGGUCUCCGAGUGGCCUCUGCCCAACCCUCUACCCCGGAGUGGCAACCCUCAGCCUCUUUCCUCCGCCGCGGGCCUGCUGUGACCACAGUGUCACCACCCCUAAGCAUCCGGGACAGUGGCUGGGUCUGGGAAUCAAGGCCACUCACAGACUCCUUUCUCAGUGCAUCUUGUCUCUUCUCUGCUGCUUCUCUUCUUCCCAGUCUUUCUCCAUCCCCUUCCCUCCAGUGUGUUUUAUAUGACAGCCACUCCUCCUCUUCCUCUUCCACCUCUGCCUGUGCGUCCUGCUGUGUGACUGCCUUCCUUCCUAACUGUCGAAGGGAAUGGACCCAGACUCGGGGUGAUCCAUCCUCUGCUCCAGGGAGGAUGCCCUGCCCUGCUGUAUGGGUGGGCUCAAAGGUUAAGGGUGCUUCUUCCUCCCCCUCCCCCCCCCCGUGCCAUGGGCUUGCCUCCCCAGUGACCUGAGGUAGAAAGAAAUACAGCCAGGUGGUCCGCAAGCCUGAGCUGGCCUACCUCUGCUCGCUCUCUCCUGAGCUUUGGCCUUGCUUGGCUGUCCACAUGCCUCUGCAGGGAAUUGAGCUCAGAGGCAGGCACUUCGGAGAAGAAGGAAAAAAAAAAAAAGAUGGGUGGCAGAGAUAAAAAGUCACCUCCAUUCUCUACCUCCCAUGUA